AGAUGAAUCUGAAAGCAGGUAGGGCCGCCCCUCCGCCCUCGUGGAUAUUGUGCCUGUCAGCGAGACAUUUGCUCCAAAUUGAUCUGAGGGCUUCGCUCUUCUGUUCUUGGGCCUUUUCUCCCCACUACGGCCCCCGCUCGGAUCCGACCAGUAGUCGCCCAGUCGUGUUCCUAUCAUGCCGACGCCCGAUCCUGCCCGGAGAGAAAUUUGAACUUCGUCGUCCCCGAAUCCCAUCGGCGAGAUGGAUGACAACUGCUCCCUCCGGCCGUGCGCCACGGAUUUCUCCAUUGCCGCGAUCAUGGCACGGCGGGACAGGAGGAACCGGCCGAAAAAAGAAGAGGAUUCCGCUUUGCCCGAUUCGAGCAAAAGGAGGCGUAGGAGCCCGAGCAAAGGGCGGGAUACACCACCGGAGAUCUCGUCGUCGACGCCCGGAGGCGAGGACGUCACGCUCAACCCCCUACUUCAGGAAAGGGCUAACUGUGAAGAAUUGAGGCACGUCGUCUGCCACUUGGAAACCAAAGAGUUGUGGGAGAAAUUCAACGAGCUCGGAACUGAGAUGAUUAUAACUAAAACCGGAAGGAGGAUGUUUCCGACGCUCAGAGUGUCUUUCAGCGGGCUCAGGCCUGAUCAGAGGUACGCCGUCCUUAUGGAUAUCGUACCGGUCGAUAACAAGAGAUACAGGUACGCGUACCAUCGUUCCUCUUGGCUUGUUGCUGGCAAAGCGGACCCACCAGCUCCUUGCAGGCUGUACCUCCACCCGGAUUCUCCCUUCACCGGAGAGCAGCUCAGGAAGCAAGUAGUUUCCUUCGAAAAAGUCAAACUCACCAACAACGAGAUGGACAAACAUGGACAUCUGGUUUUGAACUCGAUGCACAAAUAUCAGCCGAGGAUUCAUUUGGUGAAAAGACCCGAGCCUGGAUCGUCUGCUCCCAUCACCGACCUGGAGCAGGAGAUGUACAAGACGUUCGUCUACCCGGAGGCCGUAUUCACGGCGGUCACCGCAUACCAAAACCAGUUGAUCACCAAGCUGAAGAUAGAUAGCAACCCUUUCGCCAAAGGUUUCAGGGACUCCUCCAGACUCACCGAAUUCGAGAGAGAAACGAUGGAGACAAUGCUAAAUGAGCAGCAGUUGUUGAGGUCGUCGUUGAUCGAUGCGAGCAACCUUACGAUAGAAGAACGUACAUUACUCGCUGCCAGGUCGCAGCUUUUCUUGCGGGCUGCAGCCGCCGCCGCCGCUGUAGGAGUCCCUUACGGCCCAGGGAUGAAUCCUGCGGUCUGCUCCAUAUACGGAGCCGGGGGGAGCGGCUUGAGCAACCCCUCGGCCGGCCUUUGGGCGCCGUGGCCUUUUCACCAGCUCGGCGCCGUUCCUAGGCCUUAUCCAACAGUACCUCAGGUUCGUUUCAGCCCGUACCAAAUCCCCAUGGCCAAAUCUCCUGAGUCGUCGCCAGAAAGCAUCCGUGAAGCCGACGACUCCAGCCCACAGUAGUAAAAAAGUGAUUCUAUAAAUUAUUCAGCUGGUCCCUCUGUAAAGUACCGCUUCAGCAAGAUAACCUCCUUUUUUCUUCUGGAGUAUUGGUUUCGGAAAGAACCAGAUCUCAUCACCAAAACGCGCUGUGUUUAAUCUCCUUGAGUAAUAACUUUAUUGCCCAAAUUAGGAGAAUUUGUACAUGCUGUUGUGUUAAUAAUUUGUUAUUGAAAUAUAUUUUAUUACGUACUUCUGUUGGGACCACCGUGUACAUUAAAAGAGUUCCAAAAUCCGAUUAAGCGCACAUAGUAUGUAAAUGAGUAAAAUGAAUAUCUUUUGAUGCUUAAACGCUUUCUUGUAAAAACCAUUUUUGUUGUAUUUUAAUUGAAAAUUAAAUGUUACGUUUGCGAAUCCUUUUCCAAAAAAACAUCGACUGAUCGCACACCUCUUACAGGGGAGGGGGUUCCGAUCUGGCUGCUGGCUAAAAGGUCAUCUUUGUCAAAUUUUCUUGUUAAUUUCGCUGGAUGUGGCAUUUAGUGUUAUAAACGAAGCUAAAGCAAGUUAGAUGUAAAAACAAUAGAAACGUACUAAUUUGGAAAUAUUUAUAGCGUACCAUCAACCAUUAUUUUUUUUUUCUUUUAUUGAAAAUAGAUCAUCAUGUUGCCUUUCUACAUCAAUUCAGUUCUAUUUUUUGUUAUUUUAUAGUGUUCUUAAUUUUUAUUAAAAUAUCUAGUCAUUUACCAUUCAUAAAUUACCGUAAAAUAUUAUUUUACAAAUUUGUUUUUGCUUUAGAGUUAUUUCAUUCACGAUUGAUAAUUGAUCAAAGUUAAGUACGUUCCUAUUCACAUUCAUCCGUCAAUAACAUAUAAACAGUUAUACAAUUAUAUAUACAUAACAAUGGAUUUAGUCGGUUAAAUUUCUCAAAAGAUUACCCCGUUUUUACAGUCGGUGCUAAUUUUUAUUUUCUAUAUAAACUUAUAUAAUUUAUUACAGGCCACCCUUUCUGAAGGGUGAUUGUUGUAGAUAGCCGUGACGGCUUGUUGAAUAUGUUUAAUGUAUAUAUUUAAUGUUAAGGUUUUAAACCUUGUAUUAAAUUUAUAGAUAUUUAUACAUAUGUAAGUAUAACAGUAAAAUUGUAGGUAUCGUGUAUGGCCUCAGGUCGAUAAUAACUAUUUUGUAAAUUAUGUACAUUUUGAUAGUCCUUUUUUAAUCAUACGUACACAUACGUGUUAUAUAAAUAUGUGUGUGGGUGUGUGAAAGAGAGAGAGAGAGAGAGAGAAAGAGAAAAAAAGAGAGAGAGUGAG